AUGAAUGCACGCAAUGAAUUCGACAACUGUGAUAGCUUAUUAAAAGUUCCUCAGGCUCACGACAACCGCACUGGUAACAAACUGCCACCUCACGAAACGAGGUUUCAUUAUCAUGGGAAGCGAAGAAAUUUGAUCUUGGAAGAUAUCGAAGAUUUGGAUACAACUUCAAGUCAUGAAUGUCACUCUGCAGUAGUUGAUCAUAAUGAAAGGGAUUUCGAGCAGUUGGUCGAUGACAAAAUGAUAUUGAAAUUUGUGAGCCUUCAAAUUAAUGACGAAGUUUUCUCCGUCGCUAAUUUCUCUAUUCACCAUGACAUCGAACAGUUUCUUCAUAGAUUCCGUCCGGUUUCAAAGCCGGUUGAGGAUUACGAGUGUUCUAAACUCGUUCAAGGCAUACUUGUUUAUGCGAUUUAUAGAAAUAAGGAUGAAGCGCUGACGGGUGACCUUGGUUAUGAGGAUGAUGAUCAAUACUCAAAAGAAUACUAUGGGUAUCCCGAUACUCCCCCGUCGCAAAGGGAGGAAGAGAAGGAGGAGGAGGAAGAGAAGGAGGAGGAGGAAGAGAAGGAGAAGGAGGAAGAUGACUACCAUGAUGACUUCGAAGACGAGGACGACCAUGAAGAAGAAAGAUUGUGUGUUUUUCAUUGA